AUGACCGAUGCGCCUUUUUCCCCUUCCGGUGGAGCUCGAGGAGCUCCUCCUCUGUCAACUUCAUAUUCCGGUCCAAGCAUCUCAUCUAUUCCACGCCGUUCUUCCUACGCCUCGGUCCUGUCCGGGACAGCCCUCUCGCCACCAAGCAACAGUAGUCCUCCUUCCCAUCCUCUUAUCUCUAACUCCACUUCAUCGUACCCCCCACCCUUUUACCCCGACGGCCGAUUACUGAGGCCUUCCUCCUCCGCCUUGGAUGCAGAUAUGCAGUUAAACUCCCCCUGGAGGACGACGCCUGGCGAUUCGCUUCCUCCUUAUUCUCGGAAGUUUGCCAAUCUUCCUCGAUACGAUACAUUAUUUCAGAACCCCGGCAGCUUUUCCGAUCACUCAUUAUUUACUCCAUCCUAUCUCCGCAACUCCCGAUACAUCGCUCGCCUCGAGGCCGCUCGCCGAACAAAGCUCGCUUCUCAACGAGAUGUUCCACCUUCCGCUUCUACUUCAAACCCUCUGUCGACUUCCUCUAGCCAUGCAAGCUUGCCUCGUAUAGCUCCUUCCCAUCGUGGGAUGACGUAUGAUAUCAUCGAAAGGGAACCGCCGAGCGACGACGAUCAUCUCAUGCCACUCCCCUCACGAUGGAGCGAUAAUGAUAAAUAUUCCGGUCUAGAGCUCACAAACGGGGGGCUUGAGAUUCGGUAUCCCGGUCCGGCCAACAAGCACGAUCAUGAGGCUGCCGCUGUCCGUGCCGAUCACCCCAUGCCCCCGCAGUGUGGCAUUUAUUACUUUGAGAUUACGAUUCUAUCAAAACCCAAGGAAGGGAUGAUAGGAAUCGGGUUCUCCAGCAGCAAAGCGUCCGUUGAGAGGCUUCCCGGAUGGGAGCAAGAAUCUUGGGCAUACCACGGUGACGAUGGCAAAUCAUUUUUCGGAGAGAAUCAGGGUCAGGGACGACCGUACGGUCCGACCUUCGGUGCAAAUGAUACUGUCGGAUGUGGUGUUAACUUCGCCACCGGAUGCGCUUUCUUCACCAAGAAUGGCGUCUUCCUUGGAAAUGCCUUUCGGGAAUUAAGAAAUUUGAAAGUUUAUCCCUCUGUGGGGAUGAAGAAGCAACCACCUGUGCACUUGGUCGCCAAUUUCGGUCAGCAACCGUUCAUGUUCGACAUUGACGGCAUGGUCAAAAGAGAGAAGUUCUCCAUUCAUUCGGAGAUCUACGCAACAAGCACGGCCAACCUACAACCACCGCUUGAUGAGAACGCUUUGCUUCAAGAAUUAGUUGCACAGUUUCUGGCUCAUGAAGGCUAUGUCGACACCGCUCGGGCUUUCUCAGAAGAGGUUGCUGCGGAGUCGGCGGCUUUGGAGAAUGGUCGAAAGGAAUCCCUCACGAAGUAUGAAGUGGAGGAAGGGCUUGACGCGAUCAACCGACAGAAAAUUCGGGCUGCUAUACUUGAGGGGGACAUCGACAAGGCUCUCAAGUACACAAAUGCCUACUAUGGGAACGUUCUAGAAAGCUAUCCUCACAUUCAAUUCAAGCUGCGGUGCCGAAAGUUUUUGGAGAUGAUGCGGCGCUGCAACGAGCUCUCCUUGACAGCGUCCAAAAAAGGCAAAGCGUCCAACGGACUUUCCGAUGGCAGUGCGGUGUUUGACCAGGAGAUGGAACUUGAUGAGCAAUUACAGGAAGGUGACGGCUGGGAUACCGAGGGCAUGGAUACCGAAGAAUCCGAGAACUCAGGGAAGUUCCACGAGCUUCUCACCGAAGCUGUUCAAUACGGGCAGCAGUUACGCAUGGAUUAUCCAAACGACGAGCGAGGCGGCGACAAGAAGGUGCUGGAUGACAUCUUCUCGUUGGUUGCCUAUCAGGAUCCGAAACGAUCAGUGCACGGCCACUACCUUGAUCCUUCAGGACGCGUAGCUAUUGCGGAAGAACUUAACUCUGCCAUUCUAGUGUCACUAGGGAAGCCAUCUUCAGCCGCUCUGGAGCGGCUCUAUCAACAGACAGAGGUGCUUGUCAACGAGAUUAGCGAAGAGGGCGGCGCUGGGGCGUUUAUCAAUGUGCGCAAUGAUUUUUUGCUUUAG